CUGUUCGUGCAGCGGAACCCCAACCUGGCGAACCUGUACCUGCAGGUAUCGCGCACCAACCCGCCGCGCCACACGCCGCCGGGCGGGAUGCCGGCGGGGCCCAGCGCUGCGGAACUGGCGAACCUGAAGGUACCCACGCUGUUCUUCGUGGGCGAGGAGGACCAACUCUCACCGCCGUCGGUGAUCGAGGCCGGGGCGCGAGCCAUUCCCGGCUCGCGGCUGCUGCGGGUGCCGGAGGCGGGUCACUCGGUGUACUUCGAGAAGCCCGACAUCUUCAACUUCGAGGCGCUGCGUUUCAUUGAGGCGGCAGUGGCAGAGCCGGCGCGGGACGCCGUAGCGCGCCGGCGUUUAGCGGCUUUAGCUCUGAAGGAUCGAACAGCCUGA